AUGAGACUUUCCUGUACUGAGUGCGGGAAGUGUUUCAGUUUUCAAUCCGAUCUUUCCACACAUCAGAGAUCUCACGCAGGAGAGAAGCCGUAUUCCUGUCCUGAGUGCGGGAAAUGUUUUUCAACAAAGUUCCAUCUUUCCAGACAUCAGAGAUCUCAUACGGGGGAGAAGCCAUAUUCCUGUCUUGAGUGUGGGAAAUGUUUUUCAACAAAGUUCCAUCUUUCCAGACAUCAGAGAUCUCACACGGGGGAGAAGCCGUAUUCCUGUCCUGAGUGCGGGAAAUGUUUUUCAGAUAAGUCCAGACUUUCCACACAUCAGAGAUCUCACACAGAGGAGAAGCCGUAUUCCUGUCCUGAGUGCGAGAAAUGUUUUUCAUAUAAGUCUGAUCUUUCCACACAUCAGAGAUCUCACACGGGGGAGAAGCCGUAUUCCUGUCCUGAGUGCGGGAAAUGUUUUUCAGAGAAGUCCAAUCUUUCCACACAUCAGAGAUCUCACACGGGAGAGAAGCCGCAUUCCUGUCCUGAGUGCGAGAAAUGUUUUUCAUACAAGUCCCAUCUUUACACACAUCAGAGAUCUCACACGGGGGAAAAGCCGUAUUCCUGUCCUGAGUGCGAGAAAUGUUUUUCAACAAAGUCCCAUCUUUACACACAUCAGAGAUCUCACACGGGGGAGAAGCCGUAUUCCUGUCCUGAUUGUGGGAAAUGUUUUUCAACAAAGUCCCAUCUUUCCAGACAUCAGAGAUCUCACACGGAGGUGAAGCCGUAUUCCUGUCCUGAGUGUGGGAAAUGUUUUUCAGAUAAGUCCCAUCUUUCCACACAUCAGAGAUCUCACACGGGGGAGAAGCCGUAUUCUUGUCCUGAAGUAGGGCGGGGACUGGGUGAUAUCAGCCUUCUUUCCACACAUCAGAGAUCUCACACCGGGAAGAAGCCGUAUUCCUGUUCUGAGUGUGGGAAAUGUUUUUCAGAGAAGUCCAAUCUUUCCACACAUCAGAGAUCUCACACCGGGGAGAAGCCUUUUUCCUGUUCUGAGUGCGGAAAAUGUUUUUCACAGAAGACCAAUCUUUCCAAACAUCAGAGAUCUCACACGGGUGAGAAGCCUUUUUCCUGUUCUGAGUGUGGGAAAUGUUUUUCAGAGAAGUCCAGUCUUUCCACACAUCAGAGAUCUCACACGGGGGAGAAGCCUUUUUCCUGUUCUGAGUGCGGGAAAUGUUUUUUACAGAGGUCCGAUCUUUCCAAACAUCAGAGAUCUCACACGGGGGAGAAGCCUUUUUCCUGUUCUGAGUGUGGGAAAUGUUUUUCAGGGAAGUCCUAUCUUUCCACACAUCAGAGAUCACACACGGGGGAGUGGCCUUUUUCCUGUUCUGAGUGCGGAAAAUGUUUUUUAAUCAAGUCCAAGCUUUCCACACAUCAGAGAUCUCACACAGGGGAGAAACCUUUUUCCUGUUCUGAGUGCGGGAAAUGUUUUUCAGAUAAGUCCAAUCUUUCCGCACAUCAGAGAUCUCACACGGGGGAGAAGCCUUUUUCCUGUUCUAAGUGUGGGAAAUGUUUUUCAGAGAAGUCCAGUCUUAACAGCCAUCAGAGAUCUCACACAGGGGAGAAGCCGUAUUCCUGUCCUGAGUGCGGGAAAUGUUUUUCAUGGUCAUCCCAUCUUUCCACACAUCAAAGAUCACACACGGGGGAGAAGCCUUUUUCCUGUUCUGUGUGCGGGAAAUGUUUUUCAGAUAAGUUCAGUCUUUCCACACAUCAGAGAUCUCACACGGGGGAGAAGCCUUUUUCCUGUUCUGAGUGCGGGAAAUGUUUUUCACAGAAGUCCCAUCUUUCCAAACAUCAGAGAUCUCACACGGGGGAGAAGCCUUUUUCCUGUUCUGUGUGCGGGAAAUGUUUUUCGCAGACGUCCAGUCUUUCCACACAUCAGAGAUCUCACACGGGGGAGAAGCCUUUUUCCUGUUCUGUGUGCGGGAAAUGUUUUUCGCAGACGUCCAGUCGUAACACACAUCAGAGAUCUCACACGGAGGAGAAGCCUUUUUCCUGUUCUGUGUGCGGGAAAUGUUUUUCAUAUAAGUCCCAUCUUUCCACACAUCAGAAAUCACACACGGGGGAGUUGCCUUUUUCAUGUUCUGAGUGCGGGAAAUGUUUUUCAUGUAAGUCCCAUCUUUCCACACAUCAGAGAUCACACACGGGGGAGUUGCCUUUUUCCUGUUCUGAGUGCGGAAAAUGUUUUUCAAUGAAGUCCAAUCUUUCCGCACAUCAGAGAUCACACACGGGGGAGAAGCCUUUUUCCUGUUCUGAGUGCGGAAAAUGUUUUUCAAUGAAGUCCCAUCUUUCCGAACAUCAGAGAUCACACACGGGGGAGUUGCCUUUUUCAUGUUCUGAGUGCGGGAAAUGUUUUUCAUGUAAGUCCCAUCUUUCCACACAUCAGAGAUCUCACACGGGGGAGAAGCCUUUUUCCUGUUCUGUGUGCGGGAUUUUUUUUUCGCAGACAUCCAGUCGUAACACACAUCAGAGAUCUCACAAGGGGGAGAAGCCUUUUUCCUGUUCUGUGUGCGGGAAAUGUUUUUCAGAUAAGUCCAAUCUUUCCACACAUCAGAGAUCUCACACGGGGGAGAAGCCUUUUUCCUGUUCUGUGUGCGGGAAAUGUUUUUCGCAGACGUCCAGUCCCCACAAACGGGGCCCUCCCUCCAUAGUGCGGGAUCCUACAUAG